UACACAGUAGUGAAGAAGACAUUCUGUAAGUAUGAGACACCCAGCAGCCGUCCUCCUGUGUCAGGAGGACUAAGCAGGACAUAGAGCCCCAUCACAGUGCCUCCACCUCACUCACUGAUACAUGAGAGACACAAUGACUAGAAGAUCCUGGAACUCGCCAACAAGAUCAUUCAGCUGCUGACUGGAGAGGAGGGGGAGUAUAUGGAAGAACACAGGGGUCUAUACAAGGACGUGAUGAUGGAGAAUCACUGGCCCCUCACAUCACUCGAUGGACCCAGUAACAGAGAUACCCCAGAGAGAUGUCCCCGUCCGCUGUAUUCCCAGGAUUGUACAAGGGAGAAUCACAGGAUCCCACAGGAGGAUCAGGUAGAACGUCUGUCUAAUAUUAAAACAGAAGAUACAGAGGGAGAAGAAGAGACGUAUGUGACUGAUAUAAAGGCAGAAGAUAUAGAGGGAGAAGAAGAGACGUAUGUGACUGAUAUGAAGGCAGAAGAUAUAGAGGGAGAAGAAGAGAUGUAUGUGACUGAUAUAAAGGCAGAAGAUAUAGAGGGAGAAGAAGAGACGUAUGUGACUGAUAUAAAGGCAGAAGAUACAUUGGGAGAAGAAGAGACGUAUGUGACUGAUAUAAAGGCAGAAAAUAUAGAGGGAGAAGAAGAGACGUAUGUGACUGAUAUUAAAACAGAAGAUACAGAGGGAGAAGAAGAGACGUAUGUGACUGCUAUAAAUGCAGAAGAUAUAGAGGGAGAAGAAGAGACGUAUGUGACUGAUAUGAAGGCAGAAGAUAUUGAGGGAGAAGAAGAGACGUAUGUGACUGAUAUAAAGGCAGAAGAUAUAGAGGGAGAAGAAGAGACGUAUGAGACUGAUAUAAAGGCAGAAGAUACAGAGGGAGAAGAAGAGACGUAUGUGAGAGGUGAUCAGCAGUGUAAGGAGGAGGAAAUCCCUACAGAUAUCAACACAGCAGAUGGACACACAAGCAGGAAUAUCUCAGAAGGACAUCUAAUGUUAUCCCCGGAUUGUGACAUAAAAGAUAAUGACAGUAGACAGGAUUCUCCAGGAAAUAAUCCCAUUACCCCAAUUAUACAUCCAGCUCUAUCAGCUGAUCCCCCUGAUCCUGGGAAAUGUUCUCCUGAUCACUCUGAUAUUGGAGCAUUUGUUACAGCUCUGACAGUAGAUACAGUGUUUCCCUGUUCUAUAGAUGCCAAAUGUUUUACACAGAACACAAAGCUUAUUACCCAUCAGCCAGCUAAGGCAGCUGAGAGGCAAUUUCCAUGUUCUGAGUGUGGAAAAUGUUUUACAUACAAAUCAGCUCUUGUUAGACAUCAGAGAAGUCACACAGGUGAGAGGACAUUUCCAUGUUCUGACUGUGGAAAAUGUUUUACUUGGAAAUCAUGUCUUGUUACACAUCAGCAAAGUCACACAGGUGAGAAGCCAUUUCCAUGUUCUGAGUGUGGGAAAUGUUUUGGCCGGAAAUCACAACUUGUUAGACAUCAGAGAACUCACACAGGUGAGAGGCCAUUUCCAUGUUCUGACUGUGGAAAAUGUUUUACUUGGAGAUCAAGUCUUGUUACACAUCAGCAAAGUCACACAGGUGAGAAGCCAUUUCCAUGUUCUGAGUGUGGGAAAUGUUUUGCCCGGAAAUCACAUCUUGUUAUACAUCAGAGAAGUCACACAGGGGAGAAGCCAUUUCCAUGUUCUGAGUGUGGGAAAUGUUUUGCAGGCAAACCAGAGCUUGUUAGACAUCAGAGAAGUCACACAGGUGAGAAGCCAUUUCCAUGUUCUGAGUGUGGGAAAUGUUUUGCAGACAAACCAGAGCUUGUUAGACAUCAGAGAAGUCACACAGGUGAGAAGCCAUUUUCUUGCUCUGAGUGUGAGAAAUGUUUUUCACAGAAAUCACAUCUUGUUGAUCAUCAGCGAAGUCACACAGGUGAGAAGCCAUUUCCAUGUCCCGAGUGUGGGAAAUGUUUUGCAGACAAAUUACAUCUUGUUAGACAUCAGAGAAGUCACACAGGUGAGAAGCCAUUUUCUUGCUCUGAGUGUGGGAAAUGUUUUGCCCAGAAAUCACAACUUGUUAGACAUCAGCUAAGUCACACAGGUGAGAGGCCAUUUCCAUGUUCUGAGUGUGGGAAAUGUUUUGCCCUGAAAUCAGAUCUUGUUAAACAUCAGAGAAGUCACACAGGUGAGAAGCCAUAUUCUUGCUCUGAGUGUGGGAAAUGUUUUACACAGAACUCAUAUCUUGUUAUACAUCACAGAAGUCACACAGGUGAGAAGCCAUUUCCAUGUUCUGAGUGUGGGAAAUGUUUUGCAGACAAAUUACAUCUUGUUAUACAUCAGAGAAGUCACACAGGUGAGAAGCCAUUUUCUUGCUCUGAGUGUGGGAAAUGUUUUGACCGGAAAUCACAACUUGUUAGACAUCAGCUAAGUCACACAGGUGAGAGGCCAUUUCCAUGUUCUGAGUGUGGGAAAUGUUUUGCCCUGAAAUCAGAUCUUGUUAAACAUCAGAGAAGUCACACAGGUGAGAAGCCAUAUUCUUGCUCUGAGUGUGGGAAAUGUUUUACACAGAACUCAUAUCUUGUUAUACAUCACAGAAGUCACACAGGUGAGAAGCCAUUUCCAUGUUCUGAGUGUGGGAAAUGUUUUAGACAGAAAUCACAUCUUGUUACACACCAGAGAAAUCACACAGGUGAGAAGCCAAAAAAGGAGGGAAAUGUAGAUGGUCUCCUUAUUUUGGGCCAUUUGGAUCUAAAGACGUUCACUGAGGAUAUGUCUUAUCUCAGAUGCAAGAGCCUAUUACACAGUUGUUCACGGUCCACGUCACCUCCUCGGAUGUUAAGAGUGAUCCUUUUCAUGCCAAAGGCUACCAGGCCUCUAGGAAGACUUCCGAUGAGUGUGAGACACCCAGCAGCCAUCACAUUGUGUGUAGGACUGAGCAGGACCCAGAGCCCCAUCACGGUGCCUCCACCUCAGUCACUGACACAUGAGAGACACAAUGAUCAGAAGAUCCUGGAACUCACCAACAAGAUCAUUCAGCUGCUGACUGGAGAGGAGGAGGAGUAUACAGAGGAACACAGGGGUCUGUACAAGGAUGUGAUGAUGGAGAAUCACCGGCCCCUCACAUCACUGGAUGGGCCCAGUAACAGAGAUACCCCAGAGAGAUGUCCCCGUCCUCUGUAUUCCCAGUACUGUACAGAGGAGAAUCACAGGACCCCACAGGAGGAUCAGGAUGACUGCCUGACUGAUAUAAAGGCAGAAGAUAUAGAGGGAGAAGAAGAGACGUAUGUGACUGAUAUAAAGGCAGAAGAUACAGAAGGAGAAGAAGAGACGUAUGUGACUGAUAUAAAGGCAGAAGAUACAGAGGGAGAAGAAGAGACGUAUGUGACUGAUAUAAAGGCAGAAGAUAUAGAGGGAGAAGAAGAGACGUAUGUGAGGGGUGAUCAGCAGUGUAAGGAGGAGGAGAUCCCUACAGAUAUCAGCACAGCAGAUGGACCCACAAGCCGGAAUAUCUCAGAAGUACAUCUAAUGUUAUCCCCGUAUUGUGAAAUAACAGAUAAUGACAGUAGACAGGAUUCUCCAGGAGAUAAUCCCAUUACCCCUAUUAUACAUUCAGCUCUAUCAGCUGAUCCCUCUGAUCCUGGGAAAUGUUCUCCUGAUCACUCUGAUAUUGGUGCAUCUAUUACAGCUCUGAGAUUAGAUACAGAGUUUCCCUGUUCUAUAGAUGCUAAAUGUUUUACACAGAACACAAACCGUAUUACUCAUCAGCCAGCUAAGGCAGGUGAGAGGCCAUUUCCAUGUUCUGAGUGUGGGAAAUGUUUUACAUAUAAAUCACAACUUGUUACACAUCAGAGAAGUCACACAGGUGAGAAGCCAUUUCCAUGUUCAGAGUGUGGGAAAUUUUUUACAAAUAAAUCAAAUCUUGUUACACAUCAGAGAAGUCACACAGGUGAGAAGCCGUAUUCCUGUUCUGAGUGUGGGAAAUGUUUUGCACAGAAAUCAGAUCUUUUUAAACAUCAGAGAAGUCACACAGGUGAGAAGCCGUAUUCCUGUUCUGAGUGUGGGAAAUGUUUUGCAUCAAAAUCAUAUCUUGUUACACAUCAGAGAAGUCACACAGGUGAGAAGCCGUAUUCCUGUUCUGAGUGUAUGAAAUGUUUUCCACAGAAAUCAGAUCUUGUUGCACAUCAGAGAAGUCACACUGGUGAGAAGCCAUUUCCAUGUUCUGAGUGUGGGAAAUUGUUUUCAAAUAAAUCAAAUCUUGUUACACAUCAGAGAAGUCACACAGGUGAGAAGCCGUAUUCCUGUUCUGAGUGUGGGAAAUGUUUUGCAUCGAAAGCGGAUCUUUUUAAACAUCAGAGAAGGCACACAGGUGAGAAGCCGUAUUCCUGUUCUGAGUGUAUGAAAUGUUUUCCACAGAAAUCAGAUCUUGUUACACAUCAGAGAAGUCACACUGGUGAGGAGCCAUUUCCAUGUUCUGAGUGUGGGAAUUUUUUUACAAAUAAAUCAAAUCUUGUUAAACAUCAGAGAAGUCACACAGGUGAGAAGCCGUAUUCCUGUUCUGAGUGUGGGAAAUGUUUUGCACAUAAAUCGUCUCUUUUUAAACACCAGAGAAGUCACACAGGUGAGAAGCCGUAUGCCUGUUCUGAGUGUCGGAAAUGUUUUGCAUCGAAAUCAAAUCUUGUUACACAUCAGAGAAGUCACACAGGUGAGAAGCAGUAUUCCUGUUCUGAGUGUGGGAAAUGUUUUGUAUCGAAACCAAAUCUUGUUACACAUCAGAGAAGUCACACAGGUGAGAAGCCAUAUUCCUGUUCUGAGUGUGGGAAAUGUUUUGCAUACAAAUCAUCUUUUGUUAGUCAUCGGAGAAGUCACACAGGUGAGAAGCCGUAUUCCUGUUCUGAGUGUAUGAAAUGUUUUCCACAGAAAUCAGAUCUUGUUACACAUCAGAGAAGUCACACUGGUGAGGAGCCAUUUCCAUGUUCUGAGUGUGGGAAUUUUUUUACAAAUAAAUCAAAUCUUGUUAAACAUCAGAGAAGUCACACUGGUGAGAAGGCGUAUUCCUGUUCUGAGUGUGGGAAAUGUUUUGCAUCGAAAUCAAAUCUUGUUACACAUCAGAGAAGUCACACUGGUGAGAAGCCAUAUUCCUGUUCUAACUGUGGGAAAUGUUUUAGACAGAAAUCAGGUCUUGUUACACAUCAGCGAUUUCACAGGUGAGAAGCCGUUUUCAUGCUGUGAGAGAAAUAAAUCCGCUCUUGUUGAACAUAUUAGACAUUACCCAAAUAUGGAACCAUUUAAAUCGCUGUCAUGCAAUGUUCCUC